GCCUCGGUAUGACAGCGCAUUGACUAUACCUACGACGCCGGGUAGCACACCUCGAAGCUCUGAGAGAUACUCAAGCACCACGAUGCAUUUCUCCGCCCUCGUUGCUCUGGCUGCUCUCGUAGCGAGCCCAUUCGCCCUCGCCCAGGCAUCCGACACCGUAUACGUCGUCUACGGCAACGGCCAACAGUUCGAGGACCCCACCGCAUCCGUCGACACACUCACCUGCGGAUCCGUCCUGGCAGCCGAGGGGUACGCCCAGGUCGGAGACAUUCCCGGCAACCUCGCCGGGUUUGCCAACGUCACCAACGCAGACUCGCCGCUGUGCAGCCAAUGCGUAGUGCUGGGCUGGCAGGGAAGGGACGUCACCGUGCGCAUCGUCGACACAUCCUCGGAGGGCGGAUUCGUAGUCACUGAAGGGACGUACGAGGAGCUGGUGGGCAGCGACACGGUUCUGCCGGGGAUCUACCAAGCGCGAAUUGUAGAGGGGCCGUACAGCUGCUGAGGAUGCGUCCGAAGGAAUUGUGGCGCAGUCUCAGGCCUCGAAGACUGCCGGUGCUUGCGUGGUAUGUCUGACUUACUGUGUUUGUCAUAUCAACGCUGAGCGAUCAUUUCCCAGUACGCAUGCCGUAUAUGCCCCACGACAUAGUGUACCUUAGUUGUAUUGAUUUGCAUAA